CCACCACUUAGCAUCACAUUAGCAUCAAAUAAUUUCCAAUAAAGUUCUUAGAGUAACUACAAACUAUGUCGUUAUUUUACACAAACCGAGAAGUGCGAAUGAUAAAUGAUAGAAAGCGGAAGAAAGAAAUAUCCGACGCAGGCGAUGAAGAAGUGUUAGGGCAGAUGUAUUCCUGCGAUUUUUGUACGGACGAAUAUGAUAGUGAAACGGAGCUGCACGUUCACAGGAAGGUUAAACAUCGCGAACAGGUGGCUAAAAUACUAACUGAAGAUAUAAGCUGCAAGAUAUGCAUCAGCCAACACAAAGACUUUGAGGAACUGUUAAAACACACAAAAUCUACUCAUCUCUUGAGCUCUGAAGACGCCGAGCAUGUUCACCGCGAGAUCUUCAUCUGCGACAUCUGCAACCGGAUGUAUUUCAACAAGAAGAUGCUGGAGGUCCACACGCAAUACAUGCAUGACCCCGUACACAAGUACAAACUCUCCGGAUCAUGCCCCAAGUGCAACAAACAAAUCCAGAUCAAACAUGUCUGGUUUCAUUUUCAACGUCACCUUAUCCAAAGCGUUGCUUGUUGCCAAAUAUGUUUAAAAAAGUGUAAAAACCGGGCAGACUUACAGGAACAUCUCAGAACACAUCCAAAUUACUACCAUUGUACGCUCUGUGGUUACGAAAGUAAAGUUAAAGAAAGUUUUACGGCGCAUAUGCAAGCGCAUAACAGCAAUUUGCAUGAAAGUGGAAACAUAGCGAUAGAUGAGAGUAUAUUGUGGAAAUGCUUUGCUCCGAGAAAGAAUGCGAAGAAGAGCACUUGUAGUAUGGGCAUUAAAGGUCUGUGUUUAAAUGAUUUAUUUGUGUGUGUGUUAUGUAGAGGGCUAUGUAAGGAAAAGGAGAAAGCAGCACACAUUGCCAAGUAUCAUUUGGUGGAUAUAGUGGCUACGAAGAAACGGUAUAUGUGUGUGUGCGGUGAACAGUUUUUUAACAAUGUGUUGUUGAAACAUCAUGUGUUUAAGUUGAAAGGAGAACACAAGGUUUGUGACGCGUAGUAUAAGUAUAUUCCUCUAGUCGCCCACCUUAUACGCAAGGCCCGGAGGACGGGAGCAAAAAUGCACUUUUCCUAGUGCUUAAUUAAAUAUCAUAAUAAGAACUUAAAUAAGGUUCACCAUCAUGUAUUUGUACAUAAUUAUAUGUAUUAGUCUAUCUUUUAUACAUUAUAUAAGUAGUAGUAUUUAACUAUUUAUAUAUUUUUAAUAUUAUUUGACUUCACGUUUAAUUUUUUCCUUAUUAUUUGUUAUUAUUUUUUCCUGCACCAACAUGUUUGACCCAAUGGUUGACUGGUAGAGAAUGCCUUUUGGCAUUAAGUUCGCCAUUUGUACAUUUUUCUUUAUGUGUGCAAUAAAGUUUAAAUAAAUAAAUAAAUAAAUAUCAACUAUUCUAUCGACAUCCAUACAAACAAAUUUUGAUCCAGAAAUUUAUUGAUCAAACUCAGAGUCAAAGUCAAAAAGUCAAUAGGUCAUCAGGCUUACAUUAUAUAUUAUUUCAGUGAACUAUAAUUUACAUACAAUAUUAUCAUACUCACGGGAAUGAUCGUAAUAGUAAAAUAAGAGUGACAGUUCUAAAAAGAUACUUUUCUCAUAACUUCAAACCUUUUUCAUGUCAUAUUUGCUUAUCGCAAUUAUAAACAACCGGUCUCUGACAUUGACUCAAGUCAAUCAGUUUAAAUAUCGUCCAAAAGUUGAAAGUGCACUUGUCACGAUUACGUUUACAUCCUUAAGGUAAAGUUAUUCACAAUAAAUAUCAGAAUGUGUUGAAGAAAAACGUUUGCGUUUCAUCUUUAAAACUAUGAAAAUUACAUAAAAUAUUUAAAAAAUACAAACAGUUCCUUUUAAUUUUGUUUACAACUAUAACAUUUCCGAAUUUUGGUGGUCCAGUACAUCGUGCUUUUUUAUCGACAUCGACUUAUAAAAUGUGUGUCCUCUCACUAUAUUGAGACGUCAACACAUAAUUUCUCCCGUCAUCCGGGCUUUGCUUAUAAGAAAUAUUAGGGACCGUGCGCGUUGGAGGGUCUGCCAUCUUGUGGCCUGAAUCGGAACAAGAAACAUCACAUUUACGCCUCGCGCCAAAAAUCUGACGGCUCCUGUGCUGCCUCCUACAGUUAAUGGACGCUCCCUUUAAUAUGGGCAAUUAAUUCAAAUUAAAACGUAAGAAAAUAGGAAUGAAUUUUUGAUUUUAAUAUGAAUGUGUUAACUUUUUCGACGCCAUGUCAAACACAAAAGCUGUCAUUCAAGAGGCCACGUCAGUGAAAAACUGGCUGCCCUGUGAAGUUUGUUAACUUAAUACGCCAAUUCCAUGAUAACAUGGUGGCUAAAGUUCGACACGAAGAAAACUUCGCAGAAUCUUUUCCAGUCACAUGCGGUGUAAAGCAGGUAUGUGUCUUGGCGCCCACUCAGUUUGCGUUAUACUUUGCUGCUAUAUUGAAAGAUGCAACAAAAACCUGUAACGAACUUAUAGAAAUAAAAUCGAGAACAGAUAAAUCUAUUUUUGACCUGUCUCGUUUUAGAGCCAAGCGUCAAAUUAGUAAACUUUUCAUAAUGGAAAUGCUAUACGCAGAUGACGUUUGCCUUAUGGCGGACUCUGCAGAAGCCCUUCAGUCUUACGUGGAUUCCCUUAAUACUUCAUGCCGGCAGUUUGGUUUAGUUAUAAGUGUGACGAAGACACAGGUUCUGGUGCAAACGCCUAGGGGUUGUCACAUAGAACACACAGGGAAGUCAGUUACCUGGGAAGUCAGCUUCGGAACGACAAUAGCCUGUCGUCCGAAAUACCAUCCAGGAUAGCCAAUGCACCCGCAGCAUUUGGAAAACUAAACAACCUGUUUGGCGAUCACAUGACCUUAAAUUAACAACCAAAAUUAUGGUCUAUAAGGCCAUAGUCAUACCCACUCUUCUGUAUGCCGCAGAAACCUGGUGCUGCUACAAAGCAGAUAUUAAAAGGCUAGAUUCAUUCCAUCUACGCUGUCUUCGCUCAAUUCUGCGCAUAAAGUGGCAAGACAAGAUACCGAACACGGAAGUCCUCCGUCGCGUCAAGAUGCACCAACUGAGGUGGGGUGGCCACGUUGUGCGUAUGAGUAAUAACAGAUUACCCAAAGCAGUAUUCUACUCAGAACUCUCCAGCGGAAAGAGGAAACAGGGGGGUCAGUACUUGCGCCAUAAAGACGUCCUCAAGCGUCACCUGACCACUUGAGGUAUACCGAGUGAUUCCUGGGAGAAACUGGCGAUGCAUAGAAGGGAAUGCCGCGCAACUGUUCAUAAAAAAGUAGAGCAAUACGAGCAGCGGCGCCUGGAAAACCUGGAUGCCAAGCGCCAUUUCCGCAAAACGCGUUCGAGGCCUUCGUAUACCUAUACCUACAACCCAGCUGGCCAGCUUCAUUGCGCACCAUGUGAUCGCAUUUUCAAAACCAAAUUUGACUUUGCAAGUCAUAUUAGAGCGUUCCAUGUUUCCGAAUAAAAACUGUUGAAGGAGUCGGAGUCGUCGUAUACGGCGAGGAGGACUAUAUAUAUGAUCGUAAUAUGAUAAGAUUCAUACUGGCCAUGUCUUAUCCAACCUCAACAUUGGCAGAAUCUUCAACACUUUGAUGGAGCCUUAAGGGCCUCCGCUAGCUGACGCGGACGCCCGCCGCGUACUAAGUAAGCGUAGGAGAUGAAAAUUGAGUUCCGGUUACUCUAACUCUAACUAGUUAUAAUAUUAGCGGAAAAUCGUUGAGCAUUAGACUUUUUGUUUGCCGCGACAUCUAUUGUCGAGUAGCAGUAGUGAGAGUUCCACUACUUGACGCUAGAUGUAGAAUACGAAAAUAAUAGUAUUGUUGGUAACAAAACCGUUGUAUGGAGUGAGCACUCUUGGUCUUCAUAAUUCUCUUUGGUUUGAACACAGGCAACAUAUAGCGCGAUCCACGUGAGCUGUCAAACUAAGAGCAAUAUUCCACAGACAUUAUAUCUCUACUACAAUCGACUCAUUGAUAUAUUAUGUAGUAAGGACCGCAUGAAGCAUAUAAGGCAUUGUUAAAUGCGCCAGCAUUUUUAUUUGUACUAGAGAUAAUAUAUUUUUAUUAUACAUAAAAUAAUUAACAAUCAUA